ACCGAAUCCAACCCUGUCAAGAUAAUUUUCGAUGCUGUGAUGAACGGUAUUCGGCCUUUCCCUGCUGAGGACACGGAUCUGGCGGAAAGAAGAGCCUCUUCGCACAAGCUUACGUUUAAUUACGAGUUGCUGAAGGAAAAACUCGUCAACGAAAGUCCCAUGAAUCGGGCUUUGUUGCUGCAAGCGAUACGAUGGUGUAUUACCAAGGACACCUGUGCCUGGUCCAGAGAGCAACACAUUUGCGAUCUGGUCGAGAAGGACUUUUUGUCGCUGUUGUCGCCGGUCUCGGAGAGAUCAGCUGUGUUCGAUUUUGGAUUCCUGCAAGUGCCUGUUUUCUUGGAGCAGAGUCAAUUGCGAAUUCUUUGCACGCUGGCUUCAUUUCCUGUUGGAGGAGUAUACCUCUCAUCGGUGGACUCUUUGGUUGCCCUUCUUGCGGAGAAACUGGCUUCCUACAAGCUGACAUCCAGAGAUGAUGGCGUCAUGCGUGACCUGCUCAUCGCCACUUGUCAUAAGCUGAGCAUUUGGUAA